AUGGGGAGGGACGAGAGGUUCCCGGUGUGGGAGGCCGCGCUCGGCGCCGGGGUCGCCGCCGCCUUCGCCGCUGGGCUCGUCGGGGUCUACCUUUCCAUGCCGGACUCCGACUACAGCUUCCUCAAGUUGCCACGUAAUCUCGAGGAACUCCAAAUCCUCACUGGCCAUCUUGAGAACUAUACUAGUGACUACACCCUACAGGUGUUGGUAGGUUAUUGCGCUGUGUACAUCUUCAUGCAGACCUUCAUGAUCCCAGGGACAAUAUUCAUGUCUCUGCUUGCUGGUGCUCUAUUUGGGCAACUCCGGGGCGUGGCCCUGGUGGUCUUUGCUGCCACGGCUGGUGCUUCUUCGUGCUAUUUCCUGUCGAAGAUGAUUGGGAAGCCACUGGUGUUCACACUGUGGCCAGAUAAGCUCAGCUUCUUCCAGAGACAGGUUGCUCAAAGAAGAGAGAAGCUGUUGAAUUACAUGCUUUUCCUCAGGGUAACCCCAACAUUGCCAAAUACCUUCAUCAACUUAGCUUCGCCCAUAGUAGAUGUCCCCUACCAUACAUUCUUACUGGGAACUCUCAUUGGUCUUAUCCCAGCUGCUUAUGUGACUGUCAGGGCUGGAAUUGCUCUUGGAGAGUUAACUUCGCUGAGUGACCUUUACGACACCCAGUCGAUAGCACUGCUAUUCCUGAUCGGUGUUGUUUCAGUCACACCAGCAUUAUUGGGCAAGGGCGAGGCACAAGAAAAACCAUCAGAAAUGGCGUCAAGCGAAUCGUCACGGGCUGAUGACGCUACAUGGGUUACCCAGCAGCCGCACUGUUGGCCUGUUGGGCUACCCAAGUUGAACUGGGAUCGUCCCCAUCUCCGCCGCUGCGGCGAGCAGGCAGCGACCGCCGCAGCAAAACACGGCCAGGCCGGUGAGCGGUGGAGGGGAAGUGGAGCACCGGCGCACCGCAUAUGCUCGGGGUUCUUCGCCGCGCAGCCCUCGCCGCAGCGUCGUCGCCGGCGGCGGGCCUCCGACAGUUUCAGUGUGCUUACCAUAGAAGCAAUGAGAGAUUAUCACCUAUCCAAGGCCUAUGAGCUUCACAUACCAGAAGACCCAGAAGUUUCAUAUGGUCUUAAGUGGGCUAUUGCUGGGAAAGGUGUCAUUGUGAAAGAUAAGGUCUUCCAUAACUUGGAAACAUCUGAGCUUCAGGAAGGAGGUGCUACUUACCCAGACUGCUUGUCUGGUAUACCACUUCAUGUUAGAGGAGAUGUCAUUGGUGGUGUCCCUGGUGUUUCAAAAGCUCAAUUUGCAAAGCUUCUGAAACUGGUGACGUUUCAUCUUUCAUCCAUCUCAUGUCUAUAUGUUCAAGAUGGUGCCAUUGGUUCCUCAGCAGAAUGUGAUGCAAAGGUUCGAGUCAUUAGUGAUAACCCCUCUGCUGUUAUGUUAUUGUCCAAUGUCCUUUGGAAAAUACCGGAUCGUGCGAUUUCCCAUGACACAUCCCCUUUGACUAUAUAUGCUACCAGUUCCAUAAGUAACAAUGUUAAGACUAUUCUUGGUUCUGGAACACAAUAUGCUAAUGGAUUUGCAGCAGCGGAUAUUGAACGAUCAUCUCUAAUCCUAUGCGGUAAAGCAUUUGCUGAUUCAGCUCUUGUGAAAGAUGCACUUACUGCUAUGACAGCUCCAAUAUUGUCUGCAAGAGGAGGCCUCCCGGUUCCAGGCUGGCUUCUGUGCUUUGGUGGUUCUAUUGUAUUAUUGUUUGCCCCGGUGGAAAUCAUGAUGUCCUGCUUAGAAAUCCACAAUGCUCUAUUGUCCAUUGACUGUGGUGUAGUCAUCUCUUCUAAAGGGUCUACUGUGCUUUUCCCAACAAAGGCAAGAAGGGAGCCAAAAUUGUUUACCAAACCAACUGCAGUAAUUAUUGUAUCAUCUGAUAGCACAGGUGCUAUACCAUCUGUAUCAAAGCUCUCUGCUGGCCAGGCUGCUUACCAUUUCUUGACUGGAUAUCACGAUGGAAAAUUUGUCCCAGCAUACAGCAGGGCCCCCUCUCCUGCUGACCCACUUGCGCUUGCAAGUUCCUUAUUCUCACAUUUGAAAGAAGAUGAUACACCAGCAUAUCUGAUCAAUGCUAAGCACUCUGGAAAGUACAUUGAUGACAAUGGGUUUAUGAAAUUAUUGAAGCUGGCACUAUCUCACAAUCUUCCUGACAUCAAAACUGAUGACUUUAGAGUUGGGGAACUCAAGGGGAAGUACAGGAACUUUCUAUCCAGCAAGUUUGGCAAAUGUUUACCCGAGGAAUUCUCUUUCUAG